AUGUCCAGUGGGGGAAGGUUUAAUUUUGACGAUGGAGGGUCCUACUGUGGAGGUUGGGAGGACGGCAAGGCUCACGGCCACGGCAUCUGCACCGGCCCGAAGGGGCAAGGCGAGUAUGCGGGCUCCUGGAGCCACGGCUUCGAAGUGCUGGGCGUCUACACCUGGCCCAGCGGGAACACCUAUCAGGGCACCUGGGCGCAAGGGAAGCGCCACGGCAUCGGCGUGGAGAGCAAAGGCAAGUGGGUGUACCGAGGCGAAUGGACUCACGGAUUUAAGGGACGCUACGGGGUGCGCGAGUGCACCGGCAACGGGGCCAAGUACGAAGGCACCUGGAGCAACGGACUGCAGGAUGGCUACGGGACAGAGACCUACUCGGAUGGAGGGACAUACCAAGGCCAGUGGGCCGGAGGCAUGCGCCAGGGCUACGGCGUUCGGCAGAGUGUCCCAUACGGCAUGGCUGCGGUUAUCCGGUCGCCAUUAAGAACAUCGAUCAACUCUUUGCGCAGCGAGCACACCAACGGCACGGCAUUGCACCCCGAUGCGUCCCCUGCCGUGGCUGGGAGCCCCGCCGUCUCAAGGGGGGGAUUUGUCUUGAUGGCCCACAGCGACGCGGAGAUCCUGAAGAGCAAGAAGAAGGGCAUAUUCCGGCGUUCCCUGCUGAGCGGCCUCAAGUUGCGCAAAUCCGAGUCCAAGAGCUCGCUAGCCAGUCAGCGGAGCAAGCAGAGUUCCUUCCGCAGCGAGGCGGGCAUGAGCACCGUCAGCUCCACCGCCAGCGAUAUCAAUUCCACCAUCAGCCUGGGCGAAGCCGAGACCGAGAUCUCCGUCAUCGAGGAUGACAUCGACGCCACCACCACGGAGAUUUACGUGGGCGAGUGGAAGAACGACAAGAGGUCCGGCUUUGGCAUCAGCCAGCGCUCCGAUGGCCUCAAGUACGAAGGGGAGUGGGCCACCAACAAGCGCCACGGCUACGGCUGCAUGACCUUCCCCGACGGCACCAAGGAAGAGGGGAAGUACAAGCAGAACAUUCUCGUCAGCGGCAAACGGAAGAACCUCAUCCCCUUGAGGGCCAGCAAGAUCCGCGAGAAGGUGGACCGGGCCGUGGAGGCAGCCGAGCGGGCAGCCACCAUCGCCAAGCAGAAAGCGGAGAUUGCAGCUUCCAGGACCUCCCAUUCGCGAGCGAAGGCCGAUGCCGCCGUGACAGCAGCACAGAAAUCUCAGGAGGAAGUGCGGGUUGCUAGGAUCACUGCCAAAGACUUUUCACCUUCCUUCCAGCACCGAGAAAACGGGCUUGAGUGUCAGAGGCCAAAGCACCAGCAUUCAAGCGAUGAGAUUGAGGUCCUGUCCACUGGGACUCCCCUUCAGCAGGAAAGCCCGGAACUCUACAGAAAAGGAACGACACUUUCGGACCUCACGCCGGACGACAGCCCUCUCCAAAGCUUUCCUGCCAGCCCCUCCUCAUCCCCACCUCUGGGUCCUUCCUGUCGGAACAAGAAUGCCCACUUCACCAGACAGGUCUCUGUGGACGAGGAGCGGGGUGGGGAGAUCCAGAUGCUGUUGGAAGGACGCGGUAGGGAGUUCAUGAGGCCUAACAGCUGGGGCGAAGACAAGGAGGGUGGGCCUCAUGGGAUAAGAGGCGGGGUCUUGCGCAGCGGCCAAUUGGAAGACCCUCGAGGCCGGAGUGGUGGUGGUGGGCCCAAGCAUGGUACCGCCAAUCACAAACCACGGGAGCGGUGGGCAGACCCUCCGACCAUGGUUUCGUGGACUUAUCACCGCCCGCACCACCACGGCUCGGGGAGCAACAAGCUCUCGGAGCUGGAUGAGGAGAAGCUGAGCAAUUACGAGAUGGAGAUGAAGCCCCUCAUGAGGAUGGACUCUUACAUGCAAGAGAUGCAGUCCCAAAAAAGGCAUCACGGCAAAAUGGGCCUGAGCAAGAACCUGGCUGAAGAACAGCACCCUGGGGAAGAGCGGGGCUUUGGCGUCCAGAGGCUGAGGUCAUCCUCCCAGAACAAGGAGAACUUCCGGCCAGCAUCUUCUGGUGAGCCAGCAGUGCAGAAACUAGAGAGCCUGAGGUUCGGGGAUAAAGGUGAACCCCGGCUGUUGAGGUGGGACUUAACUUGCUCUCCACCACAGAAAUCCUUACCUGUUGCACUAGAAUCAGAGGAGGAAAAUGGAGAUGAGCUCAAAUCCAGCGCGGGUUCAGCUCCCAUCCUAGUCGUCAUGGUGAUCUUGUUAAACAUUGGAGUCGCCAUUUUGUUUAUUAACUUUUUCAUCUAAACCGAGACUGUCUUGUUUGCAAAACUCCAACCGGUUAAUAAUUAAUAAAAACAACAACCACACACAAAAAAAAACCCCGCCCCCAAGCGGUCUGAAAAUGGGGAUAAUGCUGCGAGGGACCCAACGGGAGAACGAUGUCGUCGUUUUGAACUGUCCCGCGACAACUUUCAAGUCUUUUCACAGAAGAUCCACCACCGAUUGAGUCUCACUCACAGUUUGCCUUUCUCCCCCCACCCCACCCCGUCCCCUUCCUAGGUAAUGUUUUUGGAUUUCAGCCCAAAAUUCUUUGCUUGCACAAUCCUUUUGCUGUGUGGCAUGGCAGAAUGGUAGCAGCAGCAUUCCCGCCCCUCCCAACACCAGACAGGACGGAAACCGUUCCUCCGAGUGGAUUUAGCCAGGUCUAGGAAAGUGGUUUCAUGUGAAUUGCCUCCAUCUUCAGACGUUUAAUUCACGGCAACCUUCGGAGCGAUGCGGCGGUCCUGGCAUUGCUUGGUGAUAUGCACGGUGGGGGGCCUUUGAGAAGAUCCCAGGGCGAUCCCGGUGUUCGCAUUGAGCUGGGAAAGUCUGCGUGGCCAAAACAGAGAACGGUCCGAGCAGAUGGCACUCAAGGAUGGUGAUGUGGAUGGUCGAGAACCAUUUCUUGAAUCAUUUAAACAGCCAUAUCCAGCACAAAAGUCUUAAGCCCUUCCCUCUCCUCAUCCAAAGUAUUUUUUUUCCCCCACCCAAUGAGUUAAAAACCAUUCGUUGUCCCAGGCGACAAUAGAAAAUUAUUUUAUUUAUUUGCAAAUUUUAUUGGCCAUCCGUCGUACCAAAGUUUUGCAUAAAGUCACCUGCAGGAUGCUGAGGCUCAGGUAAAAAUCCUGUAUCUAUAAACUGCACCGUCUUUUUUUU